AUGGGUCUUUAUCGAGUUGUAUCAGACGAGGAGCACGGCGAUUGCCAUCCGCCGUAUUGGGCGUCAUUGGUUACGAAAACUAAUAUGUUAUUAGUAGUCGUGCAAGCGGGUCCUUGGGAGUAUAAGGAUAAUUGUGUCAAACCUAUGGAUACAAAGCCAGAGCCUACAGCGGAUUCCACGACGAGUCGCGAGCCGUGUCAUAAGCUUGAUUUAGGGAGAUUAACUCGACGUCGUCUACAGGGAUGUUUUACGUAUCAUGACAAGGAAUCAGACAUAAACGAAUGCGGCAUUGGAAGUCAUACAAGGGCAGAUACAGUUACGUUAAUGUGCACAAUUUUAUUAAGUGUUUAUUUUCAAAGAUUUUAUUCAUGA